AUGGAAUCUAUUAUGAAAUUGAGCGAUGAGAGUCUCUUCAAGUGCAAGGGGUACAUCGAUGGGAGGUGGGAAGAUGCCAAGUCUGGGGAAACCUUCGAGGUAUCCGAUCCUGCAACCGGCACUGUUGUUGCUGCUUGUCCAGACAUGAAUAAUCUCGACGUAGUGCUUGCAAUUGAGGCUGCAAAGAGGGCUCAGGUAUUAUUUGGCAAAAGCAGUGCCUAUAGUCGCAGUAAGAUGCUGCAGGACUGGGCAGGCCUUAUGCUAGCUAACAAGGAAGACCUGGCACGUAUCGUGACCGUGGAAAAUGGUAAACCUCUUGCGGAAGCGAGAGGCGAGAUUGCAUACGCAGCAGCCUUCCUCACAUGGUUCGCAGAAGAAGCUAUUAGAAUCCAAGGUGAAACGGUUCGCACAAACGUUGAUUCGCAUCGAGUUGUCACAGUACGCGAACCUGUGGGAGUCUGCGGCCUAAUCACGCCUUGGAAUUUUCCUGCUGCCAUGAUCACCAGAAAGGCCGGACCAGCUAUUGCUGCUGGUUGCACCACCGUCGUAAAGGCCCCUGGCGAAACACCACUGACGGCACUUGCUCUUGCAGAGCUGGCAGAAAGAGCUGGAAUACCUGGGGGUGUUUUCAAUGUGGUGACUACGCUGAAAUACACACCCGAGGUUGGUCGAACAAUUACCACCAGUCCGAUCGUCCGCAAGAUCUCUUUCACGGGGUCAACAACCGUUGGAAGGUUGCUCUGCGAGCAAUCUUCUUCUACGAUCAAGAAGAUGUCAUUGGAAUUGGGUGGUCUGGCACCUUUCAUUGUAUUCGAUGAUGCAGACAUAGAAGCUGCUGUUGCAGGCGCCGUGGUCUCCAAAUUUCGAGCAUCAGGACAAACAUGCGUUUGUGCAAAUACCAUGUUCGUGCAUCGAAGUGUAUACGAUAGGUUCGCGAAGGGCUUGAUAGAGGUUGUGAAAACAUUCAAAGUUGGCAAUGGGCUGCACUCAGACACAACACAUGGCCCACUGAUCCAUCAGAAAGCAGUGAGUAAAGUUUCCGAGCACGUACAAGAUGCGUUAGAGAAGGGCGCAACUGUGGUGGUGGGAGGCAAUGUUCUCCCUGAACUUGGUCCAACAUUUUUCGAGCCUACUGUUAUCCUGAACGCAACCCUUGAUAUGAAAUUUACGCAAGAGGAAAUUUUUGGGCCACUGGCAGGUAUUGUUUCCUUCGAAACUGAAGAAGAAGUUCUUGCAGCAGUUAAUAGAUCGGAAUACGGUCUUGCUGCAUACUUUUACAGUAGAGACAUCAGCCGUUGCUGGAGAGUUGCUGAACGGUUAGACGUUGGUAUGGUAGGUGUUAACUCAGGUAUCGUCAGUAAUCCUGCCUCUCCAUUUGGCGGUGUGAAGCAAAGUGGAUACGGACGCGAAGGAAGCAAACAAGGCAUCGAUGAAUAUACGACCGUCAAGUCUAUCACCUUCACAGUCUAA